AUGGCAGAUAUACUUGAUGUUAAUGAAAAGAAACGUAAAUGCAUUGAAGAUGAAACAAAAUCUAAAUAUAGGGACUCUAUCAAACGUGUUCCUAACAGUUACUAUGUUGUAAAUAGACCUAUUGAAGCUUUAAGCCAAGGAUUGAAGGCUGACAGUGAUAACAAACUAAAUAUGAAAAACAUUGAAUUUGAUCAGUAUAUAGAUGACGAAAAUUUUAUUCAAGAGAAACUUUUGUUAAAUAAUUCGUAUAUACUUGAAACCAUAUAUUUUUCAAGAGAAAAAUAUUUUUUACUAUUUACUUCGUAUCAGUCUGAAGCCUUACAAAUGAGAAAAACAUCAGAUUAUCAGCCACUAACAAAUAUUUGUUGA